CCACUCGCCCGGCCAGCGCUCCCCACGGUGACUCCGGGUUGCAGCAAGCCACUGGCUUUUUACCAAAUCGGGAGCUGCAGUGUAUUUUUUUCUCCCCCUCCCCUCGGAGGAAAUAAUUUCAGCCCCCUUCAGCUCGCAUGACAAUCUUGUGUGACUGGGGCGUGUAGGCGGGCACAUCCUUUUACAUGCUAAUACUGCCCCACCUCCUUUCAACCCUCCUCUAAGCGCCUCACUUCCUUUUAUUUUUAUUUAUUUUUAUGUUUUAAUUUUUUGAAAGAUUUACCUCCCCCCACCUCACCAUAGUGGGGAAAACCUUCUUGGUCCGUCCCUGCCCCCACGCCUGGUUCCCCAGGGAAGGGAGACCCCGAGACGCCCGUACUUGCCCAAGCGUUGCUUUCACCUGGGCUCCGGGAUGGCUGCGCCAGGCGCAGGGGGCAGCGCUCUCGGCGGCCGCUUGUUCUAGGCUAUCGCUCCAUGUGCAGCUGGGCGAGAGCCGUGUUCGCGUCCCCCAGCGAGCUGCCACUGCCGCAGCCCGAAAGGAAUGUCCCCCGUUGUUAAGGACCCUGACUGUUUUACACCAAUGAUUUGCCACUGCAAAGUUGCUUGCACCAACAACACUUUGUCGUUGAUGUUUGGAUGCAAGAAGUAUCGAUAUCAAGAUGAGGAUGCUCCACAUGAUCAUUCUUUACCUCGGCUAACUCAUGAAGUGAGAGGUCCAGAACUCGUGCAUGUAUCAGAAAAGAACUUGUCUCAAAUAGAAAAUGUCCAUGGAUAUGUCUUACAGUCUCAUAUUUCUCCUCUUAAGGCCAGCCCUGCUCCUAUAAUUGUCAACACAGAUACUUUGGACACAAUUCCUUAUGUCAAUGGGACUGAAAUCGAAUAUGAAUUUGAAGAAAUUACAUUGGAGAGGGGGAAUUCUGGCCUGGGAUUCAGUAUUGCUGGGGGGACAGAUAAUCCCCACAUUGGAGAUGACCCUGGCAUAUUUAUUACGAAGAUUAUACCAGGAGGUGCUGCAGCAGAGGAUGGCAGACUCAGGGUCAAUGAUUGUAUCUUGCGAGUGAAUGAGGUCGAUGUGUCGGAGGUUUCCCACAGUAAAGCAGUGGAAGCCCUCAAAGAAGCGGGGUCCAUUGUUCGGCUCUAUGUGCGUAGACGACGACCCAUUUUGGAGACUGUUGUGGAAAUCAAGCUGUUUAAAGGGCCUAAAGGUCUAGGUUUCAGUAUUGCAGGAGGUGUAGGGAACCAACAUAUUCCUGGAGACAACAGCAUUUAUGUAACAAAAAUUAUAGAUGGUGGAGCUGCACAAAAAGAUGGAAGGUUGCAAGUAGGAGACAGACUACUAAUGGUGAACAACUACAGUUUAGAAGAAGUAACACAUGAAGAGGCAGUAGCAAUAUUGAAGAACACAUCUGAUGUAGUUUAUCUAAAAGUUGGCAAACCCACUACCAUUUAUAUGACUGAUCCUUAUGGUCCACCUGAUAUUACUCACUCUUAUUCUCCACCAAUGGAAAACCAUCUACUCUCUGGCAACAAUGGCACUUUAGAAUACAAAACCUCCCUGCCACCUAUCUCUCCAGGAAGGUACUCGCCAAUUCCAAAGCACAUGCUUGUUGAAGAUGACUACACCAGGCCUCCGGAACCUGUUUACAGCACUGUGAACAAACUGUGUGAUAAGCCUUCUUCUCCCAGGCACUAUUCCCCUGUUGAGUGUGACAAAAGCUUCCUUCUCUCAGCUCCCUAUCCCCACUACCACCUAGGCCUGCUCCCUGACUCUGAGAUGACCAGUCAUUCCCAACACAGCACUGCAACCCGUCAACCAUCAGUGACUCUCCAGCGGGCCAUCUCUCUGGAAGGGGAGCCCCGCAAAGUGGUCCUGCACAAAGGCUCCACAGGCCUGGGCUUCAACAUUGUAGGUGGAGAAGACGGAGAAGGUAUUUUUGUAUCCUUCAUUCUAGCUGGUGGACCAGCAGACCUGAGUGGGGAGCUCCAGAGAGGAGACCAGAUCCUGUCGGUGAAUGGCAUUGACCUCCGUGGAGCGUCUCAUGAACAGGCAGCAGCUGCAUUAAAGGGGGCCGGGCAGACGGUGACCAUUAUAGCACAAUAUCAACCUGAAGACUACGCUCGAUUUGAGGCCAAAAUCCAUGACCUGCGAGAGCAGAUGAUGAACCACAGCAUGAGUUCCGGGUCCGGGUCCCUGCGAACCAAUCAGAAACGUUCCCUGUAUGUCAGAGCCAUGUUUGACUAUGACAAGAGCAAGGACAGUGGGCUUCCAAGUCAAGGACUUAGCUUUAAAUAUGGAGACAUUCUCCAUGUUAUCAAUGCCUCUGAUGAUGAGUGGUGGCAAGCCAGGAGAGUCACGCUGGAGGGGGACAGCGAGGAGAUGGGCGUCAUCCCCAGCAAGCGGAGGGUGGAAAGGAAGGAACGUGCCCGAUUGAAGACAGUAAAGUUUAAUGCAAAACCUGGAGUGAUUGAUUCAAAAGGGUCAUUCAAUGACAAGCGUAAAAAGAGCUUCAUCUUUUCACGAAAAUUCCCAUUCUACAAGAACAAGGAGCAGAGUGAGCAGGAAACCAGUGAUCCUGAACAACAUGUUUCUUCUAAUGCCAGCGAUAGCGAAAGUAGCUACCGGGGGCAAGAAGACCUCAUUCUUUCCUACGAGCCUGUCACAAGGCAGGAAAUAAACUAUACCCGGCCAGUGAUUAUCCUGGGCCCCAUGAAGGAUCGAAUCAAUGAUGAUUUGAUAUCUGAAUUUCCUGAUAAAUUUGGCUCAUGCGUGCCUCAUACUACGAGGCCAAAACGUGACUAUGAAGUGGAUGGCAGAGACUAUCACUUUGUCAUUUCCAGAGAACAAAUGGAGAAAGAUAUUCAAGAGCACAAAUUUAUAGAAGCCGGCCAGUACAAUGACAACUUAUACGGGACCAGUGUGCAGUCUGUGAGAUUUGUGGCAGAAAGGGGCAAACACUGUAUACUUGAUGUAUCAGGAAAUGCUAUCAAGCGGUUACAAGUUGCCCAGCUCUAUCCCAUUGCCAUCUUUAUAAAGCCCAAGUCUCUGGAACCUCUGAUGGAGAUGAAUAAGCGUCUAACAGAGGAACAAGCCAAGAAAACUUAUGAUCGAGCAAUUAAGCUAGAGCAAGAAUUUGGAGAAUAUUUUACAGCUAUUGUCCAAGGAGACACCUUAGAAGAUAUAUAUAACCAAUGCAAGCUUGUUAUUGAAGAGCAAUCUGGGCCUUUCAUCUGGAUUCCCUCAAAGGAAAAGUUAUAAUUUAGCUACUGCGUCUCUGACAAUGACAGAAGAGCAUUUAGAAGAACAAAAUAUAUAUAAUAUACUACUUGGAGGCUUUUAUGUUUUUGUUGCAUUUAUGUUUUUGCAGUCAAUGUGAAUUCUUAUGAAUGUACAACACAAACUGUGUGAAGCCAUGAAGGAAACGGAGGGGCCACAGGGUGGGACAGAAAAGACAUUGCAGUACGCAGAAAGGCUACGAUUUGCUCAGAGUUCCAGGUGUAGGGAUGAACCUCUGACAGGCUUUCUGCCCAAGACAUGGGCAAUCUCCUCACCCCAGCAGAUGUCCAGAGCUGAUUUAGCUGCUGAGCUCUCUGUGUUUUUUGCUUUAAGAAAAGUUGCCAGCACUCGAACCUCACCAACCUUACCAUUACCCACAUCUAUAAUUGGUACACUUUGAAUUUUAUAACUAUGCACAUCCUUUGAUUUCUUAACAAGCAAAGGAAACAAGGAAAAAGAAAGGAGUCCUUUUGGAGACAACAUACUAUCAGGGAAGGAUAUUUGUGUAGUUGCAUUGACUGGCAUCUCCAAAAAUGAGCAUUUCAUAAAAUUCACAAGUGUAUGGAGACUAACCUUACUGAGAGGAGGGGAUUCUACCUGGGGUUAGCUUUAUGAUUGUUGAUUGUCUAUUUUGCCAUUUAUAAAAUGAAAGAAGGCACUAAAGAUGAGAAUAAUUUAUACAAUAAAAAUAUAUUAAAUGUAUAGAAACAAUUUCUAUAGGUUAAAAAAGUUUUGUGAAACAUUUUGUAAAGACUAAUUAACUGAAAGAUUUAAUGUAUGCACUAUCAGCAGAUGAUCAAAUUCAAGAAAUGAAAGUUGCACUCUCCUUUUUGUUGCCAAUGAUCCAUUAACAGCAUCUAAGUUCCUUCCAAGUCUGACACAGACUUCUCCCUCACUUAUCUCCCAUGAUCUCCCUUGCGCACUAGCAACACACUCUUACAGAGCACAUCCCUUAAUGAGUUGCCCUCAUGGAUAUUUUUGGAAGACAUUUGGUUAAUGCAUUUUUAAACUGAUGGCUCUUUAGACAUAAAUUCAUGCAAUGACUUAAAGGAAAUUUUUGUUUUUCUCUGAUUAAAUAACCUGGCCCUACCAUGCAGAUAGUUUGAUAACUUUGUUUCUAGUAACUUGCAUAAAAUUCUUAAAGGAUCAUUUAGUAUUCUGGCCAACUAUGAGUAAUUAGAAUCAUUCUUUUUUUGUUCCACAGAGUAGAGAGCUUUGUAAUAUCCAGAGUUGGUAUUAGAGCCACAGGAGAUCUGUCCCAAGAUGUACUGUAUCUUUGAGGAAAAGAGAGAAAAGUAUUUAGUUGGGGGGUGAGGGGUGCAGACUUUUUGUUUCAGGCUAUAGAGCAAAGAGAACCAUAAAGAAAGACAAUUUAUGACUUUUGAGCUCAACCGAUGGAAUUGCCUUCCUCAAGGCUGCACCUGGACCAAGUUUAUUUUUUAACAAUUAUAAUGAUGAGUCAAAAAAGAAACCUCCUAAAGCCUAUAAACUGAAACAGAACAGUAAGUUUCCCACUUUAGAGCUGAUAGUGACAUCAGCAUUGGUUUUGCCCAAGAUGUUAAAGAGAGACUUUUCAGUGAUAUUAAUAACCACUCAAUUCUGGGUUUUAUACAUUCCCAGAUUAAGCCCCAUCGCCUUAUUUCUGGGGUACACCAAGACCUGGCAGGGAUUCUGCCACACUGUGCAGCAAACCAGCAUGUAGGCUGGAGUAGGAGAACAAAAGACAGAGCCAUCAGAGUGGGGCUACUUCACAGUGAGAACACUGGAGCUCAAAAAUCAGUCUCUUUCCAAAAACAAGGGUUGUUCAUCUUACACUACCAUUGUCUGCAGUCACCAAAACAAACACAGAAAUGCAACAUUAUGGAUCUACCUAAAUUCUUGAGACUGCCUUUGCCAUGCCAAUGGAAGGGCUAGCAGUGCAUUUUCCCUCUAAUGAAAGCUAAAUUUCCAGAGUCCUUAGAGUGCUCAAAAUGUUAAAGAUGCGUCCAUAUCUGCAGCUCUCCAAUUUCAGGUCAAGGCCAACAUUCCUCAGUAUUGCUCCCAGUUUUCUGCCACCAGAAUGCCAUUCCUGAUCCCAGCUCUAUUUUUAGGCCACCAUGAUAACUUCUUUGGUUUCUCAACAGAGCAUGCAACUGUUUAUUUAGAGGACUGUCAUUAAUGAGUAGACAUUUUCUCGGGUCGUGUGACGUGCUUUCCAUUUAAUAGUAUUGCCGUGGCUAAGUACAAUCAAAUUGAACCACCAACCCUUGGUUUUGUAGUAAUAUACUUAUUUAUUUUCCUAGUGUAGAUGCUUCCAGAUUAGAAUCGGCAUUUGCACUGAUUUUUAUGUAGAUUUAUAUAAAUAUAUAUACAUAUAUAUUUGCUUGAGGAGUCACCAAGCAAAUUGGUGAGAGGGUCUUUUCCUAUAGAAUACACACCUCCAUUUGUUGUGUUGUCUUGCGCUUCCCAAUGUUGAGGUCUCCGUGGCUCCAGUGAGCUGGUGUAUUUUACAGUAAAUAUGAUGACUUGUAUGGAAAUGGCAUGAAAGUUACCCAGAUUAUAUCUGGUGCAAAUGUACUUGGAGCCUGGGGCCAGACUGGUGCUAACACUGCAAACUUUGUCCGGAGCUCUCUCCAAUCUGAAGGCUUGCUGGGGGCGCAAUGUCACCUUCACACGCUGGGCCCUUUCAGAAAAGUGCCAGAUCGUGUCACUGGUGCUAUUUUUCAUGCUCUGGUACAAUGUGUAGCACCAUGGGGGUCACAGCUUUACCAAAAUCUAAAUCUAACUUGCCAGCCAAUUGCUGGGAUAUUUGUUUUUUGCUCUCAGCCCACAGGAUUUGUCAGCGAUUUAUUUGCAGGCCUUUUCUUCCAGCCCCAAAUUCUUGGGUUGGCUAUUCUGCUUGGCAAGUCCAUCUUUACGAAGCUGCACUCAGGUGCCUCUGUGAGCUGUCUGAGAUCCUACUGCCAGCCCUUUAGGAAACCUGGGCCAGAGGAAAAAUCUUUCUUCACACCUCUGGAUUUCACCUUUUUUUCUUCUUGUUCUUUUCCAUUGCUCUCCUUCUACUUGUGUCUCAUUCCAUCCCUCUUUUUGGCCCCCUCUUUUUAUCUUUCAUGAGUUGUGGAUUUUUCCCCAUAAUCCUUUAUACCCUCCCCUUUCUUUCUUUGUCCAUCUCUCCUUUAGUCUCAGUCUCUUGUUGCUCUGUUUUUUUUCUUUCUCCUUUCCUGUCCUCUCCUCUCUUCCUCCAUAUCUGACUAUCUCCUACAUAUCCAACUCCUUAAUCUUUUUUUUUCUAUAAAGGGCUCGUGGCUGAUUCAGACAGCAUGUCCAUACUCUGGACUAAUGACAAAAAGAUUUGGGGUCACCACUUUACCUACUCAGCCCAGAAAGCAAAGCUGAGCAUGAGGCCCUGACCUGGACCAGCUCCAGCAGCCUCCCAGAGCGAGCCUGCACCGCUGCCCUGGCAGCGAGGAUGCAUGUGCUAUGGCUCUGUCGGCACCUGGGCAGCUCUGCCUCAAACCUGGUCCUCCAGGAGCUCACUCCCAACAUCACUCAAGGCUCUGAGGACACUUCCUUUCAACACAGGCAGACUCUGGCCCCAAUUAUUCUGAUGGCAAACCUCUUCUCAUUAAAGCCAUGCCAUUGCCUUGGUUUGGAGAGAGAUUUUUUUCCUACUUACUUUUUUCCAUUUUCAUGUGAACCUCCUUUGCUUUUUGGCUGGUGACUGCUCUGGUGAGAUUGAAUGGACUUGUUGGUGAAAUGACAUCUCUUUUCCUGUCUUGGUCCUGCCUAAAAUUCCUACAAAAUUAUUUAAGUCAAAGACUCAGACCAGUGUUCCUAAAUUUAUUGUACUAAUUUGUCACUCAUAGGGGAAAAAAAAAGAUCAAUUCCCUAAAGCAUGUGGAGUACCUCCGGUGACAACUGAUUUGCCAGGAGACUCCCACCAGAAGUCUGUGGAUAUACAUUUUACUUAUGUGUAUGGGUGGUAUAUAUGGUAUGCAUAUCAUGUAUACACAUAUUUCAUUAGGUGUGAAUGAAUGUGGUUGGAAACACACACAUACACACCAGUUUGUAAAUAUCCUUCCUCACUGAAAUCUGUGCUUCAGAAAUCAUUUCUUGUACAGCUGUGCAGUUUCCUGUAGCAGCUGAAGACAAGCUAAGACAGAUAAUUCAGACAAUGAUCAGCUAAAAAUAAAGUACAGUACUGUAUCUCCCUAUCAACUCAUGAAGACAGACAGCCAAGUGGCAAGGUCAACUCCCAAAGGGAUGGCAAACUUUUCUUCUCUCCUUUUUGAAUUUGUGUUUCCUAAGUGUGUCUUAACUUCUGAGUGCACCCGGUUGUACCUGUUAGAUCCUUUUAAUAUGACAAUUUUGUGCUUCUGACAGGAUGUUUCUUCAUCGAGCUGCAGUGCAGGAUGGGAGAUGGGGGAAUCGCUCCUUGCCUGGGCUAGAGUUUACAGAGACACUGCACAGCUUACACUCCUGUUAAGUGUAAAUAUUCAACACUUUCAUUCCAUUUGUGUAAAAAAUAAAGCACACACGAUUAUAAAAUCAAGAUGUAUAUUUCA